AUGGCCUUACGAUAUACGACAGAGGACCUUCUCUGUCUGAGAGACUCUCCAUUAUGUGUGAAGCCUGAAAAUCUCCCGCCCACUGAUGAGUGGAUGGGACAAUCCCCUGAACAGCCCGCUCGUCACCAACAACAAAAUCCCCGUGGCCAGGUCGGAGCUUUUGACAAGUUCCGAAAUGUCGAAAACCCUCUGCAUGACCAGACCAAUAGACGUCCGAAUAUUGACCGGCAUAUCUCUCGAAACAGCGCUACUAACCCUGAAGACAUUGUGUUUGGUCCUCCGCGAAUGGCCUUUGCCUCAUCUGGCAGAGCAACGAAACCUACCGACAGCGACAAGCUCAAGGACGGCGAUGCACAAGGGCGGUUCGGCUUCCGAAGUCGCAAUGAAGGUGAAGGAGAUCGUCUAUCAGCAAACCGGGCCACUAAUCCCCUGAGGAGACGUGGCGAUGGCACCGACCAAGACAGUGAUGGCUGGACACCAGUUAAACCUCGCAAAAGUUUUGGCGCUGAAAAUGCGGAGCGUUUCCAGGGCAGAAUGGGAGGAAACUUCCGAGACGAAAAGGUUCAAUCCAAAGACCCCAAUAGUAGAACUGCACGGCCAUUCGAUACAUUUUCAAGGGAGCGCAGCAUGAAGGAGGAAAACGGUCAACCCAGAGCGACGACUGAUAAGAAUGGCACUGAAGCUUGGCACAAAUCCAAGAAUAGCGAGGGCCGCGUACCAGAGAAGCGUGAACGCAUCGACCGAGCGAAGAACUGGAGAGAACGCGACCAAGAAUCCGAAAUCCAGGAUCAAGGCAACGCCCGGAACGCCGACAGAAGAUGGGGAGGCGAUCGCCGUGUUGAGCGUGAGCCCGAGUGGUUAGACGAACCGGCCGACUUGAAAGGAGAGGCUCGAACCCAACAGGACUUCCAGAAAUGGAUGGAGGACAUGAAGAAGACCAAGACGGGGCAACCUCCCUCUAACGAAUCAUCGGCCAUCCCCCACGAACAGAGCUUCGAAGAGCCUCCAGCGUCUGCGCCAAUCAUCACUGAACUAGGCCCAGACAAGUUCUUCAUGGCUUUUGGGUCCAAAAACAGCACCGAAGUGAGCUCACCAGGAGAUCAGCCGGAAGUUGCAGCAAGCAGGCCAAAACCCGCCGGCAAAUCAUCCAGGUUCACCUCCUUCUUCCAAAAUCAUGAGGUCAAGACCGAGCCUCCCACGCCCAUGGCUGCACCCCCUCCUCCAAUGGGUCUGAACAUGCUUCAGCAGCCCCAACCUUCGGCUCUAGGCCCGCUCACACCAGCUGCACCUCAGGAUGAAGAGAAGCAAGCGUUUCAGCAAUUGCUUGCAAAACUCCAGAAGCACUCUAUGAGCGCUACCCCUCCUGGCCCGUCUCCAUUUAUGGUUCCGGGCCAACCAAACCCUGCCAUGGAGGCUGCUAAGAAGGCCCAGAUGCCUGCUUCGCCAUUUGAAGCCCUUCUUGGAGGCGCCGGCCGGCCGCCUCCCCAACAGCCUCACGAGAUCCAUGCACCACGGCCCCAGCCUCAGACUGCUCGACCUGAGCAGCUCCUGCAAGAUUUGGUAGGUCACCACCAGCGCGUAUCAAGUCGAGGAUCUGGGCGCCCCGACGAAGGCGCAGCUCGCAACAACAGUAACACUGAAUUCUUGAUGAAUCUCAUGCGUGCUGGGUCAGGAAGCACGGAAUCGCAGCUUCACAAGCAACCUCCGCCGCCGAAGGAGCGCGAAGUUGACUAUGGCCGCGACGGAAGGGGUCUUCCCCGCCAAAUCCGUCCACCGCCUCCUCCCGGCUUCCCCCUGGAGGAAGGCGAGUACAUGCCCAACCCGCCUACUAUCUUGCAACGACCACCGCCGCCACCCGGACUGGACCAGAUGCCACCGAACUGGAUGGGCGGCGGAGGAGUCCAGCUUCCUCCCCUCCAGCCUCCCCAACAGCAGCAACAGAGAGGCCCCAUGCUACCACCUCCAGGCCUUGCCGGCGGCCCUGGCCGAAACCCUCCAAUGCCCCCUAUGUUCCCGCCUAACUUCCCACCGGGUGGAAUGCCUAUGCCAGAGGGCAUGGGCAACAUGCCUCCCCGCAACAUGGGACCUCCCCCCCUGGGCUUCUUUGGCCAGAUGCCCCCAGGAUUCAUGCCGCCACACGGAAUGGGCGGAUUUGACGGCCCACCCGGACCUCAGUCCCCGGGGGGCUUUGGACCCCAAACACCUUUUGAAAACCGAGGAAUGCCAGCUCCCGGCGGACGAGGGAACAAUUUUGGUAGAGGCUAA